CGCAUGACUUACUGCCCGCAAGAGCAGAGGCCUGGGUACGUUUGCAGCUGAGCGGGAGGAAAAUCGUUGUCUUUUGGUGAGAGAAACCUCCAGGGCUGCGUCGUGGCACGGUUUCCGUUGUUUGGGGAACAACAAGUUGAACAACCCCAAAUUUCCAGAGUACGGGAAGCCAGUGAUCGUGCCGAAAUCGCCGUAUCGGGUUCAAGAGCCAAAACCUGGAUCAGGACUGGGUAUGGGACCGGCCAUUGUGUACCUGUGCGUGUGUACCAGUAGUCAUUGCCACCCCCUCAACGUCUAGGCCUGUCUAAACAAGUUUACGCUCGACAUAUCUGGUCAACUGGGACUUGUCAGGGCAAGCAACCGGGAUUGGAUUGAUCAACGUUCUUGACUGAAAUUACCGUCUUUUUGCUUGCUGUUGUCAAGCAAAAAUAUGGCUAGUGCAGAUUUCGCAAGCAACAGUACUAGUAGCACUCCUGCCACGAGUACAAAUUCCACCCAAAAUGCGAACUCGGCCAUGUCGAGUGUCGGGCCGGAGAGAGACGAUUUCUACCGGCAGAAGUUCGAGGCCGUGAGUCAGAUGGUGGUGUCGCUCAGCGAGGAAAACAAGUCCCUGAAAAUCCGCCUGAACGGGGUACAGACUCUUCAGACCCUGCUGUCAGAAGCGAGGGAAGAACUAGCUGGCAAGCACCAAGUGAUUAGGGACUUGGAAACAAGGGUUGCCGACUUGCAAGCCAAGAUAGCGAAGCUUGGAGGCAACAGCGAGGACAAGAGCAUACUGCAAGGGGCGAUCGUAGUGCCAGGAGUGUCAAAAGAACUUGUGGAUAACUUGAUCAGAGAAAAUGCCAAGUUGAAACAGAUGCUCAGAGGUCCACGUGAAAACAGUGGACUUGUGGAGGACAAGACUGACACAGAAAAGCAAUUGCAGAUGUGCCAAGAGCAGUACCACAGAGACAUGGCCGCGAAGGACCACGAAAUCAAAAAGGUACAAGAGAUCCUGGCCUCCUCGGACAACGACAAAGACGUGGAGAUCGCGCGGCUCCAGAAGGCGCUGAAGGACGCCCGUAACGUGGAUCACACCCGGGACGUCCUGUGCCAGUCGCUGACGGAGGAAACUCAGACCCUGAAGGCGCGCCUCGCGGCCACCGCGCAGAUGUGUAACGACCUGGCCCACAAACUUGACAGCAAGGAGCGCAUGCUGUCACAGGCACAGAACUCCAUACAGAUGUCUGUGGCUGGACAGUUGGGCAAGGUGUCGCUCGGUGAGGGGUCCAGCACCGAUGCCCAGAACAGGGCAAUCCUGCAGCUGGAACAGGAAGUCAACAAGCUCAACACACAGCUCCGAGAGGUUGUUGACAUGAACACACGAUGGCAGGCGUACAACGACCAGAGAGAGAACUACGUCAUCACGUUACAGGGGAAAGUCACGGAGCAUUCACAACUGGCAGAUAAACUACAAAGGGACAACAGACAAUUGCAGGCCCGGAUUGAAGAGCUACAGAACAUGCCUCAGUCAGCGAGCGGCGGCGGGCUGUCGGAGGAACAACAGCGUUACUAUGACAACCUGCUCCUCACGGCGAAGAAGAACCUCGAGGAGCAAAGGGAGGAAACUGAGGAGGUCCAGAACAAGCUGGUCCGUAUGACGGAGAGAUACGAGAUGGAGAAGGAGAAGACGGAACAGAUGGAGAGGAGGAUGGAGGCCAUGGAGGCUGAGCAUGCUCAGUGCAAACAGAGCCAGAACCAGGAGGAGAUUGUGGACAUGUUAAAGCAACAGCUCCAGGCGUACAAAGAGGAUUUUGAGGAGGAGCGACGUGACCGUGAGCGAAUGCAGGCGCGGCAGGAGACCGUGGAACAGGACCUGGCCACGGCGAAGGCAACAGUCAGGCAGCUGGAGGCACAGCUUCAUAGAGAGAAGAACCAAAAACAGUUCCCUGUCUACCAUGUUCAGUAUGACCAACAGAACGCCCUCCGAGCGCGGUCGGCCAACAGGCACACGCCGUACGCCGUGGGAAACCGCUUCAACUACGGCUUCGACGUGGUGGACGGGGAGGUCGUGGCGGACGGUCCGACGGAAAACGACGAGGGAAAGGCAGAACCGCCGCGGGAAGAGAGGCGGCGCUCGCGGAGAAGAGAGACGGACAUCCUGCAGUGCCCCAAGUGUAAGAGGGAGUACACUAAGGACAGGCAUAACGAACUGUUGGAGCAUAUCGACCUCUGCUACGACUAAAAGUUAUUGGUAAAAGUGUAAGUGAAACCAAGCAAAAAUUCUACGCUGUUCAUGAGUUGUUGGAUAGUUUAGAGCACAUCCACCCGUGCUACAUUUUACAACUUAAGUUUUCUCCCGCUUUUUUACCACUACAUGUACUUGAAAAUGAAUUGGUGAAAGUGCAAGUGUAAGAGGGAGUACACAAAGGACAGGCAUAACGA